GCGGGGUGCCUAGAGGCGGCCGUCGGGGUUGGUUGCGCUGGCAGAUGGGCUUGGCCGGUGGCUGGCGGCGCCGUUGCUGCUGGGCUGGACGGAGCGGGGGUUGCCCGGCGCGAGCCCUCGCCCCUCUCCUCCCCCUCCGCGGCGAACAUGGUGCGCUAGCGGCGCUGGGACCAUGUCGGAAGCCGCUCGGAGCCACCUGCAGCGCUGGGGCGCCAGUUUCAGGAAGGGGACCGACUUCGACUCUUGGGGGCAGCUGGUGGAGGCGAUAGAUGAGUAUCAGAUUUUGGCAAGACAUCUACAGAAAGAGGCCCAGACUCAACCCAACAAUUCAGAAUUCACAGAAGAUCAAAAGAAGAUCUUAGCUAAGAUUGCAACAUGCUUGGAACUAAGGAGUGCAGCUUUGCAGUCUACACCGUCCCAAGAAGAAUUUAAGCUAGAGGACCUGAAGAAACUAGAACCAAUCCUAAAGAAUAUUCUCACUUACAAUAAAGAGUUUCCUUUCAAUAUUCAACCUGUUCCACCAAGGAAGAUCUUAGCUCCUGGUGAAGAGGAAGACUUGGAGUUUGAAGAAGAUGAUGAUGAGGGUGGAGCUGGAGCAGGCUCUCCAGACACAUUUCCUGCUAGAGUUCCAGGAGCCAAUGAAGGUACUUUAUUACCCAGAUUGCCAUCUGAACCUGGGAUGACAUUGCUUACUAUCAAAAUAGAGAAAAUUGGUCUUAAAGAUGCUGGGCAGUGCAUUGAUCCCUAUAUCACAGUUAGCGUGAAAGAUCUGAAUGGAAUAGAUCUUACUCCUGUGCAAGACACACCUGUUGCUUCAAGGAAGGAAGACACAUAUAUUCAUUUUAAUGUAGACAUUGAGAUUCAGAAACAUGUUGAAAAAUUAACAAAAGGAGCAGCUAUUUUCUUUGAAUUCAAACACUAUAAGCCUAAGAAAAGAUUCACUAGCACCAAGUGCUUUGCCUUCAUGGAAAUGGAUGAAAUUAAACCUGGGCCAAUGGUCAUAGAACUGUACAAAAAACCCACUGACUUUAAAAGGAAGAAACUUCAGUUGUUGACCAAGAAGCCACUAUAUCUUCACCUUCAUCAAACACUACACAAAGAGUGACUCUUGUGAACUGAACCACUUGCCAUAAAAUCAUAGUAACUUCCUGUGUAGCAUUCCUCCUUCAUCAGGAAGGAAGAAUUGAAGUAUUUUACCCAGCUGGUGUCGUGGAGCCAUCAUAUGCUACACUAGAAUGCAACAGGAUCAGCCUCCCAGCCCUACCACCCAGGAAGUCCCAUUUCCUUUGGAAAGUAUAUUUUUAUCACAAAUAUUCCAAAGUAUCUUGUGAGUUUUCUUCUGAUUGGGCUGGUUGUGUGUGUUCAGUUUUGUAACCUGGUUUCUGUACCUAUAUGAGAACUCUAAAGCAGGUGGAAAGUCCUCAUCUGCCAAACCUGAUACAGCAAUAAAGAUGUGCCAGUAUCAACAAA